ACGUUUCGUCCGAAAUAGAGCCAUCAUCCAUAGCCGAAGCGGUGUUGCAGUUGUGUUUGUGGAUAAAUGCGGUGUCAGCUGUCAUCGAACUUGUGCAGACCCAAUGGGCGUAUUUAGUGCAAAAAUGAAAACACGCAUCGUUUCGAAUCCGAUCAGGUGCUUUUAGGCCCUCACAAUGAAUAUCAUGCGAAAGUUGCGAGGUGGAGGCGGUGGCACCCCUUCCGCCUCCUCAUCAGACAUAUCAGACGGCGGCCCCGGUUCCCCUCACACCCAAUUGGGUCUGAUGCAUCUCAAAAAGCUUUUCUCGGAGUACACGCACCCGUCACAUCCAUUAACAGACCAAGAGCGGGAUGAUAAACUUUACAACAUGCUCCCGCUUUUUUGCAAGGUCUUCGGAUCGAGUCCCACGUGCGACAUGAAUGAGAAAUUCUGGGACAUACUCGCGUUCUGCCACCAAGUGUCGCUCCUUAUGGUGUCGGAAAUAAGGAAGCGGGCCUCGAAUCAGAGCACGGAAGCGGCGAGCUGUGCCAUUGCGAAAUUUCUAGAAAUUGAAAAUUGCGAAGAGUCGAGCAAUGGGUGGAUGCUUCUAAGCACUUUGAAUCUUUUAGCGGCGGGAGAUGCGACUUUAGUCCAGGUCAUGUCCGAGGUUUCGGUCCCGUCAACGUUAGUCAAAUGCUUGUACUUGUUCUUCGAUUUGCCGGAAAUGUCCGAACAGGAAGCCAACAGUAAAGACUCAUCUAGUGAUUUCACGCCACGCGAAAGGAGAAUCCUGCUCCAGAAAAUUUUUGUACAAUUAUUGGUCCGUCUGUGUAGUCAUCGAAUUCCCGCCGAAGAAUUGGCUCGGAAGGACGACCUGACGUUAUUAUUUUCUGCUAUCACUUCAUGGUGUCCCUCACACAACGUCAUGUGGAGGAAAAGUGCAGCCGAAGUCCUAAUGACCCUCUCCCGGCAUGGGCUUACGCCCCCUGUUGUGGGCUACAUCCACUCAAAAGGCUGCGUCGCUUUGUGUAUAGAAAACAUGAAAAGAGUACCUGAAUUAGCACCACUAGAAUUAGUCGAAAUGUUCGUAACCGUUUUUUGUUUUUUGAAAGAUUCGAGCGAAGUCUCCUCGACGCUUUUAGACGACUUUAGGCAAGCUCAAGGUUAUUUGUUCUUGUCGGAUUUUUUACUCAAAUUGGAAAGUGAAAAGUCGAGUGAGGCACAAGAAUCGAUCCGAAAUCUAGUUCUUAUGGUCACUUCGUUGUGCAUGUGUGGGUAUAUUGAGCUGAAGCCGUCACAGGCCUCCACUGGUUCGUUAUUUCAAAUGCAAGGUUUUACGCUACCGCAGCCCUCGGGGCGCGGCACCAGUGUGCGCAAUAUUCAAGCAUUUCACGUAUUACAGAGCACAUUCCUGAAAUCUAACUCUCCCCUCCUGUGCUGCACAAUCCUGGACGCAAUCUCAAGCAUUUACCACUCGGACAACGCCAAUUACUUCAUCCUCGAAAACCAAAAUACUCUGAGCCAGUUCACCGAAAAAAUCCACUACAAGUCUGAAGAAAUCCAAAGCAAACUGUUCGAAAUGAUCGAGUUUCUCGUAUUCCAAUUAAACUUCGUACCUUGCAAAGAGCUAAUCUCCAUGUCAAUUUUCCUCAAAACCCAUAGUUUAAACCACGUAGACUGUAGUAUAUUAUGUGUACAGACCCUGUUGAACAUAUUGAAACACAACGUUAUAUUUAAAGAUGUUUAUCGCGAAGUUGGCAUGUUGGAAGUUUUCGUUACUUGUUUAAACCGUUAUUUAACUUUCCUCGAAGAGAAAAAAUCCAAGCCCGAGUUUAAAAUACCCCCCGGUCAGGAAAAACUGGGGACCCUUAUCGUGGAAGCCCUCACUCACCUCCUGGCUGGAAACCCGUCAAACGCCACGGUUUUACGCGAAUGUGGCGGAGCCAAAUGCGUGCAAGAACUAGUCCAGUAUUCCGAGUGUCGAUACUCGGCGUUAGGUAUCAUCAAAGAAUUGGUUCUCACCACGGGAGGUGACGAAGACAUGGCCCAACUCCUCACAACUCUGCAUUCCGCUCCAAGAACCGCACUCCAACUCAAAAUCGAUAUUCUGGAAGCUCUGAAGUUGUGUCUGAAGGAGUCGCACCGAACUCGGACUGUUUUUCGUAAAGUCAACGGGUUCGUUUACGUGACGAGUGUUUUGGUGGCGUUGGAGGGAAAGUUGCGGCAGAAGGAGACAAAUCCGGAGGUUCUAACACUCCUACAGUUGGUUUUUCAUACGAUUUCGACCGCCAUGAGAUUCGAACCGGCCAAUGCCAAGUUCUUCUACCACGAAAUUUGCAAAACUAGUCUUUGUGAUACUCUUAGAUUAUUAGGCUGUUUCACCGACAAAGUCGAUGUUAUCAAAGAAUGUGAUUCGGAAGCACCAAGCAAUGACUUGCAAGAUGUUUAUCACAAGUUGUUUGUCGGAUCUGUUACGAAUCCUGAGUUGUCGGACUUAGUGGCCCCGUCUCUCUCAUACGCCACCAUCACCUACCGCCUCCUCUACGACUUGGCUCUCGACCUUUUCGACAAACCUAACGUCAUCCUCAUGAAAUCCCCGUCCUUGUCCCGGCAAGCUUCCAUCGAACCGCCCCCUAACUCCGGUAAACGCUCCAUCAACUCCCUCAACCUCACUCCCCCAAUCCCCGACCCGAUCAUAGUCCACCCAGGGGUCGUAGUUGCAAUGUUACAACUCCUCCCUUGUAUCAACUCAUCAGACCCCGGCCUCACCCUCCAGUUAUACAUUUCGGAAGUGAUCAAAUCCCUCGUGCGGAGUGAACGUAACCAACAAGUCAUGUGUGAUAAAGAAUUCGUCGGUUAUUUGCUCUCGAUCGGGUCAACCCCCAUUCAAAACGAGACGCACCCCCUCCAUGGGCCCCUCCAAUACAUGCUAGAACGUCUGGCAGCCCAGGCUUUGGAACCCACCGAUUUACGCAAUUUCCUCCGUUUGGGGAACCCCCUGUGUUGCCUGGCGUUGGAGAGUAAGGAGCAGGGGGGAGGUCCGGUGCCUUUGACACGGAUCAAAACCUUGGUCUCGAUGACUACUCCGAAGGAUUUCCGGGCGCAGUCGUCGUACACUCUUCCGCCUUUUGUGGAGUUUGACAUGUCGGCGGAGGGGUUCGGCUGUUUGUACCUCCCGAGUAUCGCUCCACAGUCCACUGCAGCCCCAAGUGUUGUCUCCACUUUGGAUAGUAGUGUCUUGGGGGGGAUUGGGUCAGGAGAUCGCUUGUUUCCACCACAGACAGGCUUGAGCUACUCCACUUGGAUUUGUGUUGAUAAAUUCUCUGACCCGAGAACUGAUCCACACUGCGUACGGUUGUUGACCCUUGUCAGGAACUUCAACGCGGCACGGGAGGACCACUUGGUGUGCCUCUCUAUCGUGCUGUCAGCGAGGGACAAGGCCAUUAUCGUAUCAACCCAAGAGACUCACAUUCCGCACCAUGUAGGUGAUUGGGAGCCGGAGGGCUCUGGCGAGCACGGAGCAAGGGUCUGGUGCCCCGACAUCCUCCAAGAAGGCCAAUGGCACCACAUUGUCGUGGUCCUGAACCGGGCUGUUCUUAAAAACUCGUCCUUUGCCCUGUAUCUCGAUGGCCAACAACUCCACGCGCAAAAAAUGCACUACAUAUCGCAAAACCCAGGUGGAGGGAGUGCCAAUCUAACGGUGGCUUCGUCCGUUUAUGGUUUUAUUGGAACCCCCCCAGCUUGGAGGAGGUACUCCCGACUGUGUUGGAAGCAAGGCCCUUGUCACUUGUUCGAAGAGGUUCUAACCCCAGUCGUGGUCUCCCAAAUGUUCCAUUUGGGGCCUCACUACAUGGGCUCUUUCCUCGCCCCAAACCUCAACACUUCGGACACAAUGCAGUUGGUGUCGGAGGAAAAAGUCGUAUUCGGACUCAACGCUAAAGCCGUUUCGCAACUCACGUUGAACAAAAUCCGGAAAGUUUACAGUCGGACUGACAACAAAUCAAUUGCCAAACAACUCGGAAUGUCGAGUCAUGAAAGUGCCACUCCGAUUCGGAUUUUGCACAAUUCGGCCGGACAUUUAGCCGGGUCUGCUAGGAGUUUAGGCGGAGUCGUUAUCGGGUAUUUAGGGGUUAGAGUUUUUUGCCCGCGACCUGUUGCCACGACUAUUGACACUGUCGGUGGCUGUUCCGUGUUAUUGGGCUUGAUUGCGAUGGCGCAAGACGUGGAAAGUUUAUACGCCGGUGUGAAAGCCCUAGUUUGCGUCGUUAAAAGCAACAAAGUGGCGCAAGCCGAAAUGGACCGCAAGCGGGGCUACCAGACCUUAGCCAUGCUGCUGAGGCGCAAACGGGUGCUCCUUAACUCGCAUAUCUUACACCUCGCCUUCAGCCUCGUCGGCACGGUGGACAGCGGCCGGGAGUCCUCAGCCAUCCCCAACCGAACGGCGUUUCAGGACCUCCUGUGCGACUUGGAAGUCUGGCACGAAGCCCCCGGCGAACUCCUCCGCUCCCACCUGGAGCACUUGUACGAACUCGCCGCCGAAUCUAACGAGAAACGCAACAACACGUGGAUAAUGCGCGACUUGCAACUCGUCGAAAAACUCCUCCACAUCACGCCCGAAGUCACACAUAACGCCACGCGGCAAGUCCUCUUCUCCCUGCUUUCGGUGCUCUUAGGGGGGCAACCGCGCCAACCCGACUUGUUGCUGUUCGGGCAAUUCAUCGCAGCGACACUUCCCCAAUCGUCAAACGUUAACGAAAAACCGCUAGUUUUGCGUGAAAGUGACUCGGAGAAGGAAGGCGAAGGCGAGAAUAUUCUCCUGAGGAACCGCUGUUUGGGGCUGGUGCAUUCUAUGCUUUUUGCGCAGAGAAACAUCGUCGGGGAGGAAAUCGCGCGCACGUUGGGGUUUGACUGGAUCUUGCUUUUCAUGCAACCGAAUUUACACGCCACGACAGUGGUCUGGGGGUUGAGGAUUUUAGUGGUGAUGUGCUCAAACCCCGGACUUAUGAAUCGAUUCCGCGAUGGUAGUAGCAAUGGCGGGUGGUUGCGCUACACGGAACAAGUCACUCACAAUAAAAUGGCAGUAGUUUUAGGAUGCCACAUGAACAGUAACCAAGGUAAUGACACCAAAUCGGAAGCCCUCCACAUUCCCGGGUUUCAAUACUUGGGAUGGCUUCUCCCGUCGCAUUUGGACGUCCCGGAAAUUUAUUUCCUACUAACUGCCCUUAUAAUGGGGGUGCCGGUCAAGCUUUUACCAGCCGAGACAAAGUUCGAUUUGGACGCAAUUUGGACGUUUCUCUGGGGCAGCUCCAUAAGCAACCAACCGGCGACUAGUGUGGCCCCCCGGAUUUGCCUUUGUCCCGAAGCUGUUGUCGUUUUAUUGACAAUGGCAAGGUCCAUGCUCCACACCAGCGACUCGACUUUACCCGAGUGGUUGCAAAACCACCCCAUUUCAAUCAUCCAAGUUCUGUUCCAAUUGUACCACAACAUGCCCGACUUUAUGCCCAUUUUUAUGUCGUCUGAGGUGCUCGGGGCCUUGGCUGGGGUCCUGUUCCCCCCACCUGUGGUCUCAAGCAUGGAUAGUGGGGAUAGUAGCGGUGCCUCUACUCCCGCGGGUGACGAGACCGAAGUUAUUGUCGUGCCGAGAACUCCAGACGAGGAUCCAUUGACUACGCAUCCGGUCAGACAGUUUAUUAUCGAUUUUAUUCGGGUUAUUGUGGUCGAUUCGUUAAGUUUGUCCACGACAGGGAAAGCUUCACCGGUUAUUGACCUGGUUUUGGAUGCGUUUCCGGUCAAUUCAACCGCGUCUCAACAAAUUUGCUACCAGACGGAAAUUUUAGUCACUUUGAUGGACCAUCUCCUAGCUGCGGAUAUGCUAGUGGGGGACCAGGCGGCAAUCCCGGUUGUGCCACUGGCCAAUGCCCACAUUCAACACGUUACACCUAACGUGUUCUAUCUGACGGCGCGGAUUGUUGAUAAACUGUGGCAAGGGUCCUUAACUAAGGACCCACAUGAAGUUUUCGAUUUCAUAGUCAAGUUAAUCGGGCAAGCAAAACGCCGCACCGGUAAUCUCUCACUUGAGUGUCUCUACCAUUGUCUCAAUCGCAGUAUUUUGUUCCUCCUGUCCCGCCCUACUGACACCAUCGCCGAUCAAAUGUCGGUGUUGGAAGCCUUACACAAACUGACAACCAAUCGUUUGAUUGUGUUCGGAGCCGGCAAUCACGAAUUAGAUUUCAUUGGGUGCCUUACUUACUGCCUUCUCCAGUUAACAGCCGAUAUGAAAAUCAUGUUGGAGUCAAACAUGCGAACAACCUGGCAUGUUAACCCAAGCAGUGAUCUUGAAUCACGCGAUGAGCAAUUAAACGCCCAUCAAGGGCGCAAUUUAAUGGCAGGGGCGGCUUUACGCGUGUGGGAAGAACUCUACGUUUGCAAAAAACCAGCAAUUGAGGAGGUUUUUAAAGUCACACUGGCGUUCCCGAACCCGGGUUGCAAAGCACCCGACUUGACAAUAGUCCGGGAGCAAGUGUUCGACGCUGCGUCCAAACUAUGGCUCAACUAUGUCGACGCCGAACGUAAAGCAACCUAUCGAGUCCCUUGGGAGUUACACAACCAAAUCCAAUCGAAAAUCCAUAAAGUUACAGGCGGUUUAACCCGCUUAGCCAGUCGGACUAAAGUCCGAAAGGACGACACAAUGCGAAUCAAAAUCAGGAUGAGCAAAAAACAAGCCUUACAAUGGAUGAUAAACCACGUGAACCUCCUCCGGGAAUUCGUAGAAAUGCGCCGCCAACAACACCAAAACACCACCCAACACACCCAGAGAUACGUCCACCAAGAGUGGCUCCAAACCGAAAACGAGCUGACACGGGAACGGGGACUUUGGGGCCCCCCUGAGCCCUGCUACCUCGACAAAUGGAUGCUGGACAUGACUGAAGGGCCCCACAGGAUGCGCAAGAAGACAAUGAGGAACGAUCUCUUCUACCUGCAUUACCCCUACCGGCCCGAACACGAGAAAGGCUUACUCAAGUAUAAAGUCGCAACGAGCCACCACAGUAAAAUCUACUACCAGGCGGUUCAAAACAAAAGAACCGGGGUUACGGGUUUAACCGAACCAGAACGGGCCGAUAGUAUCGUGGAUGAACCGUCACCGCUGCCACUGACCCCGCUUCCGCCCCUGGCCAGGCUCAAGUCGGACCCGGACGACCAACAGGAGGAGAAUGACGUGGAGGAGGAACCCUCAGCACCGCCGGAUAACCAAACCUUGAUGAGGCUUCUAGAAGAGAACGAGAAGAUUUCGCACAUGUUUCGCUGCGCCCGCAUUCAAGGCUUGGACACAACCGAAGGGUUGUUGCUAUUCGGACAAGAACAUUGCUACGUCGUUGAUGGUUUCACUCUGUUGAAGAAUCGCGAAAUUCGGGAUAUUGAGGGUGUGCCGAAUAACGCGCACGAGUACGAACCCAUUUUGCCCAACCCUGGGUCGCCUAGAAGGUCGCGCGCUAUGCGCCAGUGCUCCAAAUUUUCAUACGAAGACAUCAGAGAGGUGCACAAGCGGCGGUACCUCCUGCAGCCGAUGGCCCUGGAGGUGUUUUCCGGGGACGGCCGGAACUACCUCCUGGCUUUCCCCCGGAAAGUCCGGAACAAGGUGUAUCAGCGUUUCAUGGCCAUGGCCACUGGGAUCGCUGAUAGUGCCCAACAGUCGGUCGCGGGUCAGCGCCGGACGGCCAAUGUCGAACAAGCAACGAGUCUUUUAAGCAAUUUGAUUGGCGAGACGAGUGUGACACAACGCUGGGUCAGAGGCGAAAUCUCAAAUUUCCAGUACUUGAUGUACUUGAAUACUUUAGCCGGCCGUUCGUAUAACGAUUUGAUGCAGUACCCGGUGUUUCCCUGGAUCUUAGCCGAUUAUGACUCGGAAGAGCUCGACUUAACCGACCCGACAACUUUCCGUGACUUCACCAAACCGAUGGGAGCCCAAAGCCCCGAACGUUUGGAGCAAUUCCGGAAACGUUUCAAAGAAUGGGAUGACCCACACGGGGAAACCCCUCCGUACCAUUAUGGGACGCACUAUUCUAGUGCCAUGAUCGUGUGCUCGUAUUUAGUCCGAAGUGAGCCUUUCACGCAACAUUUCCUGAGGUUACAAGGCGGACACUUCGAUUUAGCCGACCGUAUGUUUCAUUCGGUCAAAGAGGCUUGGUUAUCGGCCUCCAAACACAAUAUGGCCGAUGUGAAGGAGCUGAUUCCUGAAUUUUUCUACCUACCUGAGUUUUUGGAGAACUUGAAUCAAUUUGAUUUGGGGGCGAAACAAAGCGGGGUUGCUUUGGGUGACGUGGUGUUACCACCUUGGGCCAAGCAGGACCCACGGGAGUUCAUAAGGGUUCACAGAAUGGCCCUGGAGUGUGACUACGUGUCACAGAAUCUCCACCAUUGGAUUGACCUCAUUUUCGGUUACAAACAGCAAGGACAGCCGGCUAUUGACUCGGUUAAUGUCUUCCAUCAUUUGUUCUACGAGGGAAACGUCGAUAUUUACAAUAUUGACGAUCCAUUGAAAAAGAAUGCAACUAUAGGUUUUAUUAAUAAUUUCGGGCAAAUUCCUAAACAAUUGUUCAAGAAACCACACCCUUGUAAAAAAAUGGGCGGAGGUAAUAACCGGACGUCGGUUAUUGAUACGGGGUCCCUAGUCCAAGCGUUCACUUUACCACAACCUGAGAAACUCUUUUUCCACCACUUAGACAACCUUAGACCCUCCUUACAGCCAAUUAAAGAAGUGAAAAGUCCCGUCGGCCAAAUCCUCCACGUGGAUAAAACAGUCCUCGCCGUCGAACAAAACAAAGUAUUAAUCCCAACGUUGUACAACAAAUACGUGGCUUGGGGCUUCGCUGACCACUCCCUAAGAAUCGGGAAUUACGACAGCGAUAAAGCCGUCUUCGUGUCCGAAAGCGUGGUCCAAAACAACGGCGAAAUCCUGGCCUGUGUUUGUCCCUCUCCCAAACUAAUCGUCACAGCUGGGACCAGUUCAGUGGUGACAAUCUGGGAAUUCGAAUCCCGGAAAAAAUCCCUCAACAUCAAACACAAUCUCUAUGCACACACGGACGCAGUGACGUGUCUCGCUGCAAGUCCCGCAUACAACGUCAUAGUUUCGGGGUCCCGGGAUUGCACCGCAAUCAUUUGGGACUUAUCCCGAGGGAUUUUCGUGCGACAGUUACGGGGUCACGCUGGACCCAUCGCCGCAGUCGCCGUGAACGACCUCACAGGGGACAUUGCCACGUGUGCGGCCACGUGGCUUCACGUCUGGAGCAUAAACGGGGACGAGCUGGCGAGUGUCAACACGUGUGUCGGGAGGGCUGACAGAAUGCAGCAAAUUCUGUGUGUGGCGUUCUCGCAAACGCACGAAUGGGACUCGUUGAAUGUCGUGAUGACGGGGUCCACAGAUGGGGUCACAAGGAUGUGGUCGAUUGAAUACGUGCAAGUGCCCGACGAGACCAACACCAACAUGGAACCAAAGCACCAGAGUCCGGUCCGGCCGACUCCGAUCCACCACCGUCUAGUCAAGCAGAUCAAUGUUUCAAACGACAGCUCUCUGAGUUUGAUGAAAUCGGGCUCCGAGAGCAGCUUAUCCGAAGACAAUAAUACGAGGCGACCUUCGAUCGAUCGUCAAGCGAGCUCCAAGGAGUGGAGAAGUGAGCAACAAAACGAAAAGGAAACGUGCAGUGACACUGAGGAGCCUUCACCUCCGAUACCUGUGCGGAGGCGACGGUCACGAGUGCAUGGAGGGUUCAGGAAGAGUGAAGGUGGUAACAGCGCCGAUAAUGCUAGUCUGGACGUCGACGACGGCACCAGCAUGCGGACCAGCAAGUCCGACACUAGCCUGACCGAUUCGUUCGUUAUGGUGCCAGAGAGUAAGAAACGAACUGUGAAUCCUAUGAACGUCCUCAGGCCAGGGUUCAAGUGGCAGCGCCAGCUGGUCUUCAGGAGCAAACUGACAAUGCACACCGCCUACGACCGCAAGGACAACGCGGAGCCCGCCUCUAUCACAGCCCUGGCGGUCUCAAAAGACCACCGCAGCGUCUACGUGGGAGACACCCGCGGCAGGGUUUUCUCUUGGAGCGUCUGCGACGUUCCGGGUCGGGCGGCCGACCACUGGCUCAAGGACGAAGGAGCCGACUUUUGCGCUUCGUGCAAUAUCAGGUUUACAAUUUACGAAAGGAAACACCAUUGUCGCAAUUGCGGACAAGUGUUUUGCUCGAAAUGCAGCCGAUUCGAGAGCGAAAUCUCACGGUUGCGUAUUCUGAAACCGGUGAGGGUUUGUCAGACGUGUUACGCCACUCUCAAGUCAGAAAAAUAGAGUUUUUUGUAAGUAUGUUAGUGUAUAGAGUACCAAAAUAGUAAACAGAAAACGUAUUAUUUAUUAUGAUAUUGGGUGUGAUUUUAUUAUUGUUUUUAUUUAUGAGAUAUUUUAGCCGUUUUUAACACGUGUUGUAUUGUUUUUUAUUAUUUUUAAUACAUAAAUGUUUACAUCAGGUUUUUUGUUAUGAUGUUUUUGUGAUAUUUACAUUGUAGUAUUUUUUAUGCAUAUAAGUGUUUUGCUUAGCUAAAGUAUUAUUUUGAAGCAAAGCAAUAUGUAUUUAGAACAAUAAUAUCUGUUGCCUGGUAUACUGUAAAUGUUGAUUUUAUGGAAUUUGUGUACAAUAAUGUGUAAGAUAGGUUUAGUGCAAUUCCGUGCGAGAAAGAUAAAUUUCAUUAUGAUUGAUAUUAUUUUUGUAUUCAACAAUGGACCGAAUUUGUUAGACUGUAGGUAAAAGAGGUGUGCACUGGCAUCUGUAGACAAUAUACAAGUGCACUAUUGUGCAUUCCAAAGUAUAUUUCCUUAUAUUUGAUAAAUGUAUGUGAUAUUGUAGAUUCUAGGUUUAGCAAAUUGUAAAUAUGCCAUGUCUUGAUUAUAUAAUAAUAAAAAAUAUAGUAACUUGCAAAAACAA